GCUCAGUCCGCGCAGUAACAAAUGAAGUGGGCGCUGCGACACCUCCCAGCUCACCCGGCCCCGCCGCCAUUUCGUCGCCUGGUCUAACGGUUCGGCCAAUCCCGACACGUAUCGGAAAGGACUAGCGUUCCACCAAUCGGAGGCCGCUGACUCCGAGCUCACCUCCGGGCGGCCCAAUCCAGACUUCGGUCCCGCCGCCACCAGCCCGCCCCCGUCGCGUCCUCUCUCCUCCCUCUUUGUGCGUCUGGCGCCGCCGCCGCCCGCCGCGUGAGAGGACUGGCUCCCCGCGCUCCUCGGCAGCAUAGUCGGGUCCCCUCCCCCCCGGAAGGUUCGCGAAGGAGAAGCCGCCGCCGAGGACGAGAAACCGCUGGUGCCGGUCCCCUGGGGCGCCAUGGCGACCGGAGCGAACGCCACGCCGCUGGACUUCCCAAGUAAGAAGAGGAAGAGGAGCCGUUGGAACCAAGACACAAUGGAACAGAAGACAGUGAUUCCAGGAAUGCCCACAGUUAUCCCCCCUGGACUGACACGGGAACAAGAGCGAGCUUACAUAGUGCAACUACAGAUAGAAGACCUGACUCGUAAACUGCGCACAGGAGACCUGGGCAUCCCCCCUAACCCUGAGGACAGGUCCCCUUCCCCUGAGCCAAUCUACAACAGUGAGGGGAAGCGGCUUAAUACUCGAGAGUUCCGUACCCGCAAAAAGCUUGAAGAGGAGCGACACACACUUAUCACAGAGAUGGUUGCUCUCAACCCAGACUUUAAACCACCUGCAGAUUACAAGCCUCCAGCAACACGUGUGAGUGAUAAAGUAAUGAUCCCCCAAGAUGAGUAUCCAGAAAUCAAUUUUGUGGGUCUCUUAAUUGGGCCUAGAGGGAACACUCUGAAGAACAUUGAGAAGGAAUGCAAUGCCAAGAUCAUGAUACGGGGGAAAGGAUCUGUGAAAGAGGGGAAAGUUGGGCGCAAAGAUGGUCAAAUGUUGCCAGGAGAGGAUGAACCUCUUCAUGCUCUAGUCACUGCCAAUACAAUGGAGAAUGUCAAAAAGGCAGUAGAACAGAUCAGAAACAUCCUGAAGCAGGGUAUUGAGACCCCAGAGGACCAGAAUGAUCUACGGAAGAUGCAGCUUCGGGAGUUGGCUCGUUUGAAUGGCACUCUACGGGAAGAUGAUAACAGGAUCUUAAGACCCUGGCAGAGCUCAGAGACACGCAGCAUUACCAAUACUACCGUGUGUACCAAGUGUGGAGGGGCUGGCCACAUUGCCUCCGAUUGCAAAUUUCAGAGGCCUGGUGACCCUCAGUCGGCUCAGGAUAAAGCACGGAUGGAUAAAGAAUAUUUGUCCCUUAUGGCUGAGCUAGGGGAAGCUCCUGUCCCUGCAUCUGUGGGCUCUACCUCUGGACCUGCCACCACACCCUUGGCCAGUGCACCAAGACCUGCUGCUCCUGCCAGCAACCCACCACCACCGUCUCUCAUGUCUACAACGCAGAGUCGCCCACCCUGGAUGAAUUCUGGCCCUUCAGAGAAUCGGCCCUAUCAUGGCAUGCAUGGAGGUGGUCCUGGUGGGCCUGGAGGUGGCCCCCACAGUUUCCCACACCCAUUACCCAGCCUGACAGGUGGGCAUGGUGGACAUCCCAUGCAGCACAACCCAAAUGGACCACCACCACCUUGGAUGCAGCCACCACCCCCACCGAUGAACCAGGGCCCCCACCCACCUGGGCAUCAUGGCCCUCCUCCAAUGGGUAAAUCAGUACCUGGGAAGUACGCCUGUGGGCUCUGGGGUCUAUCGCCUGCAUCAAGGAAAAGGUAUGAUGCCGCCGCCGCCUAUGGGCAUGAUGCCGCCGCCUCCGCCACCUCCCAGUGGGCAGCCCCCGCCUCCUCCCUCUGGUCCUCUUCCUCCAUGGCAGCAGCAGCAGCAGCAGCCUCCGCCACCCCCUCCGCCCAGCAGCAGUAUGGCUUCCAGCACCCCCUUGCCAUGGCAGCAAAAUACGACGACUACCACCACGAGCGCUGGCACAGGGUCCAUCCCGCCAUGGCAACAGCAGCAGGCGGCUGCCGCAGCUUCUCCAGGAGCCCCUCAGAUGCAAGGCAACCCCACUAUGGUGCCCCUGCCCCCCGGGGUCCAGCCGCCUCUGCCGCCCGGGGCCCCUCCCCCUCCGCCGCCUCCGCCACCUGGUUCCGCCGGCAUGAUGUAUGCCCCACCCCCUCCUCCUCCGCCUCCCAUGGACCCUUCUAACUUUGUCACCAUGAUGGGCAUGGGGGUGGCGGGCAUGCCGCCCUUCGGGAUGCCUCCAGCUCCCCCACCGCCUCCACCACAGAACUAGACUUGUUUUUUUUUUUUUUAAGAAAAUAUAUAUUAUAUACAUAGAGAGUUGGUCUCGUUUAAACACACGCCGAACCUCACCAUAUGGAGCCAGACAUUGGGAUGCACGCAUGUGAUUGUGUGUGCACGCAUGUGUGUGUGUGCACGCACUGGGCUGGGCCAAGUGACUGUGGACUCGCUUGGGAAUGGGCAAGUGGUAGUAAGGGCGCCAGCUUGGGCUCUCCUGGCGCCCUGUAGCAUCGAGUGUCUUCUUUGUCUUCUUCUCUCCUCACCCAACUCCCUUUGCCUCUCCCCAAACCGGGCCGCCAGGAUCCCUCCCCGCGGCAGCGAUGGCCCGAGCCAUGAGAGUGAGGACUUUCCGCGCCCAUUGGUGACCCUUCCAGGCAGACAGCCUCAGCAGCGCCCUUGGUGGACAGGAUGGUUCGGCAAAGCAGCCUGAGUUAUUUUUGUGGACGGAAUCGGAACACGCUGGCUCCAUAUUGUGAAAUUUUUAUUAAUUUUUAUCUUUUUCCUUUGUUAUUUCCUUAUCUUUUCCUUUCUUCAGACUCCGUCCAAGGAGAUGCUCUCCCCGGUCUUCUGCUGCAGAUAGAAUCCUUUCCCUUGUCUCCAUUCCUCUCUCCCCAAGGAGAGAGGAGCAAAUGGUUAGGCACAGACUUUGGCCAUUAAUGUCAAGUUUGGUUGUGAAGGCGGGUCCUGUGUGGUUUAUCUUUGCCACCUUUUAAAGCAUCUUGAGAAUUUAGAUGUUACUAGAUAGGAUUAAUCCAGCCCUGGGAUUCAUAUCUUCCUGUACUCCUGCCAGCAGUAAGUGGGACAGCCCAAGCCACUAUAGACCUGCCUGCCAGCCUGGAGUCUUCCAUGCUCCUGAUCACCUAAACUGCCUCAGAUACCAUUUGCUUCUCUUCUUCCUGGAAAGCUUCCCUUUAUAUUUUAUUUUGACCCCAGAUGUCCAGAUGUUUUGCAGUGUCUGGGGCUUGUGCCCCUUGUUCUUCGUUCAGCUUCUUUGCCCCCUCUUCAUGGAGUGAUUAUGUUGACAAUAAUGUGUAACGCGCGUUCUUUUCACUGGUUUAUCUACAGAAAUUUCUCUGGGCUUUUUGUUUGUUUUUUUUGUUUUGGUGGGGUUUUUUUUGUUUUUUUUUUUUGUUUUUUUUGGUGUUUGAUUCAACACUGCACUAAAGGGGGGGAAUGUUCCAUUGAAUAAAAGAGCAGUGUGGUUUUCCG